AUGGCGCCAGAGGAGCGGAAGCGACACAGAAGACCCAGUGCCGCUGAUGACACAAAUCUAGAUGAUGACAGCGAUGCACCUAAUAUCACGGCGGAAGAUCUGGUGAAUCUGACAUUUCAACAAGUUCCAAGUCUGGAGAACGACUCAACCCCCGAAAUCGAUCCCGGAUCUGAUUCAAAGAUUCGACAUGGCACAUUCAACAUUCACUGGGACCCUAGGCUGAGUUGUCGGGUGGUGGACUUUAUAGGAGACAUAGAAGUUCGUCGCGUGCGCCCAGCCAUCAGAUGUCCCUUCCACUCCACUCCAGUCCUAUCGCCGCAUCGUAUCGAUGUUGACCCUUCGGUGGGAGGACUGGCGAGUGCCAGCUGGUCCCGACUACCCAAGUCGGAUCAUGCAGAGGAAGCGACCCAUGAAUGUCUGGCGACAAUCUGUGGCGCGGUCAUUCCUCCACCCUCCCAUGUACCGGAUGCGUCUCAUGGGAACAUGCCAGAUCCACGGCGGCCCAACCAAAGCCGGGUAUCUGUAUAUCAGUAUACGCUGAACAAGGCCAAGGCGAAGACGAGCCUGCGCAACGACGACGGCGCCUUUGCCUUCAUCCCUCAGACUGGGCCCAUAACCCUCGACACCGAGCUGGGCCUGCUGGAGCUGCGCGUCGGCGACGUCGGCGUCGUGCCGGCCGGCAUACACUUGUCCAUUUCGCCGUCGAGAACCGCUGGGGCUGAGGUCCUCAGCGGGGGCUGCGCUGGGUACGUACUAGAGGUUGUCGGGGCCGCAUUCGAUCUGGCAGCCGACUCGGACUUUGCCGUUGCUUCGGGUCCGUGGUCUCACGAGGAAGGUCCUCACGAAGAUGACGGCAAGGAAUGGACGCAUUUCGUCAAGGACAGCAGCCCGCCCAAGCCGUGCAUGCUACCAUCUUACCUAACCACCUCGGGCGCCAUCCCGGCGUGGAUGCCGCCCAACCCCCCUCCAUCACAUAGCAAUGCCGGAAGGCCGUCGAAGGAGCAGCAGGAGGAAUGCGACGGUGAGAAAAGCAUACCCGCGACGAACAACAAAGUCAACCCGCUUCAGCAAUAUACUCUUGCCCACGGUCCCCUGGACGUCGUGGCCUGGGAGGUGGAGGGCUCGCAGUGUGCCGACCUUCCAUAUAAGGUGAGGAUGUCGGUGCCGGGGCCGGAUCAGCGGGAACCCUGGCCGGUUCUGCGAGCCGACCACGGCGACGGUCACGUCACCGAGCUGCGCAUGUUCAACGGCCGAGUGCAAACACCGCUUUGGGAUGCGCCCAACGCGGCGGCAGCGGUUGCUUCGUCCGGGACCAGUAUUGUCGCUGAUGGUGCUGCUGGCGGCGUUGGAGACGAAGAGCAGCCCCGCGACGGGCUCAACGUCGCAUAUGGUGUCAUCCGUGGCACCAAAGACGACGAGUCAUGGCAGGGUCUCCGCGCAGGUGACCUGGUCGUGCAGGCGCCGGGGGCCAGAGAUGGUGCCGCCGUCGUCUCUGAUUCGAUACCUCAUUCGGACCCUUCGCAGUGUCACGACUUGUUGGGGUUCUCAUUCACGUUCCCUGGCAAGCUUGGCUUUUCGGAGUGGGCUCUUACCGAGCACCCGGCCCGGAUCUCCUCGACGACGGCAUGA